UUUUGAGUUUCCAACAUGCGCAUGCCGUGUACUACGCUCACCUUUCUUCGCCCUUUAACUUAGGCAUUGUCAAAUCUAAUGCUUUUAAGAUCCUCACUUCUCAGAAGGCAAUGGGGGAAUCUCAAGCUCUACUCGACCUUCCAGUGUAGUCCUGUGAAACCCAUCCCUCAUGUGAUUUCUUUGAACAUUUCCAUCAAUGGGUUUGCCAGAGAAGGCAAUUUGGAGAUUGCUAGAAAGAUGUUCGAUGAAAUGCCGACAAGAACAGUCGUCUCUUGGAAUACCAUGAUUUCUGGGUACUCACAGUGGGGAAGGUUUGAAGAAGCUAUGAAUUUAGUUUCACAGAUGCAUAGAACUGGGAUGAAUCUCAAUGAGACCACUUUUUCUUCUGUUCUAAGUGCUUGUGCUCGUUUAAAGUCACUACAUGAUGGGAAACAGAUUCAUGGGCUGGUUCUGAAAUCUGGAUCGGAGAAUUUUGACCUUGUAGGGAGCUCUUUAUUGUAUUUCUAUGCUAAUUGUUUUGAAAUAAAGGAUGCGAGGCGGGUGUUUGAUGUGCUCCAAGAGGGGAAUGUCUUGUUGUGGAGUUUAAUGCUUGUGGGUUAUGCUAAGUGUAAUUUAAUGGAGGAUGCCUUGCACAUUUUUAACAAAAUGCCGAUCCGAGAUGUCACAGUCUGGACCACAUUGAUUUCUGUUUAUUCGAGGAGCGAAAAUGAAUGUGAGAAGGCUUUAGAGUUGUUUCUAUUGAUGAGAAUGAGUGGGGAAGCUAGCCCGAAUGAGUUUACAUUAGAUAGUAUCAUAAGAGCUUGUGGUAGAUUGGGAGUUCUGGAUAGUGGUAAGGUUGCUCAUGGACUUGCAAUUGGAUAUGGCUUUGAAUCUGACCACUCAAUUGGUGGUGCUCUUAUUGAUUUUUACUGCAACUGUGAUGCUGUUGAAGACGCAAAGCGGGUUUAUGUUCAAUUGGCUAGCCCAAGUUUAAAUGCUUCAAAUACACUAAUUGGAUGUCUCAUAUCGAUGGGCAGGAUUGAAGAUGCUGAGAUGAUUUUCAGUUGGAUGGUUGAAAAGAAUCCAGUUUCAUAUAAUCUGAUGAUUAAAGGGUAUUCAAUGAGUAAUCGACUUGAGGAUUCAAAGAAGUUGUUUGAGGAAAUGCCUCUUAAAACUAUAGUAUCGUCCAAUACUAUGAUCUCAGUUCAUUUCCGGAAUGGUGAAAUUAGCAUGGCUUUGAAAUUUUUUGAAGAUACAAAGGAAUUAAAAAAUACUGUGACGUGGAACUCAAUGAUCUCAGGUUAUAUUCAGAAUGAUCAACCUGAAAAGGGAUUAAAAUUAUACGUGGUCAUGUACAAGUUAUCAGUAGAGCGCAAUAGGUCCACAUUCUCUACUCUUUUUCGUGCAUGUUCGUGUCUUGGAUCUCUUAAACAAGGAAAAUUACUUCAUGCGCAUGUGAUCAAAACACCAUUUGAAUCAAAUGUUUAUGUGGGGACGUCUCUUCUGGAUAUGUACGCAAAAUGUGGUAGCAUUACUGAUGCUAGAACUGCAUUUCUCAACAUUUCUUCACCCAAUGUGACUUCUUGGACAGCUCUGAUUAGUGGAUAUGCACAUCAUGGGUUUGGAACUGAGGCUCUUUUCCUGUUUGAUCAGAUGUUAGAACAAGGAGUACGGCCAAAUGUAGUUACUUUCGUUGGGCUUCUAUCUGCCUGUGCCUGUGCAGGUCUGGUUGAUGAAGGGAUAGGCUUUUUUUACUCAAUGGAGAAAUGCUAUGGAGUAACCCCCACCUUGGAACACUACGCUUGUGUAGUGGAUCUUCUUGGUCGCUCAGGGAAACUACAAGAAGCAGAGGAUUUUGUCAAUGCAAUGCCAAUUGAAGCAGAUGCAGUUGUGUGGGGAGCUUUGCUCAGUGCUUGCUGGUUCUGGAUGGACAUGGAAGUGGGUGAGAGGGUGGCUGAGAGAAUGUAUUGUUUGGACCAUAGACAAAUAUCUGCCUAUGUGAUCAUGUCUAAUAUAUAUGCAGGGGUGGGGCGGUGGGAGGAGGUGAUGAAAGUGAGGAAGAGAUUGCGGGGUCUGGAAAUGAAGAAGGAUCCUGGUUGUAGUUGGAUUGAAGUGAAUAAUGCUGUUCAUGUAUUCUCGGUUGAAGAUAGAACACAUCCGCAUUGUAACUUGAUCUAUGCAAUUUUGGAGUAUCUAACAGCAAAUGUAAACUCUAGUUUUGAAUUUGAUUAUCUUUUAUAUCAACACCAAGAUCUGAGAUGAACAAUACUCAAUCCUUCAUUCACUAAAUGUAUGUUCAGGUACAUAUGAUACGCAUAGUCAUAACUCUAUGCUUCCACAA